UAUUCAGAGUAGCCGAUGAGGCAUGAAAAGAAAAUGCUGUCACCAACGCAGUUGUGAGGUCAGUUUAUACUCACCAACAGCAUUUGAUGUUACCAGCUAAAAAAUAACAGAGAUUGUAUAAUAAUCAUGUCGUCGUUUAAAUUUUGUAUUUGUAUAAUAUUAGGCUUCGUAAUCACAAGUAAACGAGUAUCAGGCGGACAGGUAAGAUUCAGAGACGGUUUCAGCUCAACUAGUGGACGAGUAGAAGUAAAGCCAAGCAGUGGAGGCGCUGAUUGGGGAAACAUUUGUAGCGAUGAUUUUGAUAUAAUCGACGCCGACGUUAUAUGUCGCCAACUGGACUACGCAUGGGCACUGUAUGUCUACAACGUGAGUGAAUAUGUAGGAACAAAACCUGCUGCAAUAUCGAACCUAGAGUGCGAUGGUAAUGAAACGAAUAUCUUUGACUGCGAACACGAGGGAUAUGGUACAAAUAUGUGUGAAGGUGUCCCGGGAGUUGGAGUAAUAUGUAUAGACUUGGAAUAUGCAGAUUUGGUACCCGUAAAGAAUCUACGGAUCAGAACCACAGGUGGAGAUGACACAAGCGGGAAAUUGGAAAUAUUCGAUAAUGAUAAUUGGGGGAAAUGCUAUAAAUAUAUAUGCAUCAAUUUUGAAAGUUAA